UGGAAAAGUCUUAUGCAACUAAAGGUUCUUCUUGAGCCAUAUAUGGCAUUAUUAAAUAAGCUUCAACAGGAUAAAGACCAUCUUACUGAAGUUCUACAUAGUUUUGGAUGGCAUAAAAAAGUACUUGCUAUAUGCCAACUAAGAUCAGAGCUUCUACGUUUAAGAAAUAUUACUGCCAUUGACAAGUUACUAAAAACAUACAAGCAAAAGAUCGGUAUUCCACCUAAAAAUAAUGAACAAAUAAGCCUUGAAGAUGAUAAAGAGGAAUUAUUAGACAAUAAUAUUGAUAAUGAUAUAGAUAAUAUAGAAGGACAAAGUCAAAUGAACAUUAAACAACCAGAAAUAGUUAGCUUAGAUGAGUAUGAAGAAGAAGUAAUGCUUCAAGAUGAUAUCCACCCCACAGAUAAUUUAGCAGCCAAAUGGAAAUUGGCAGACAUUUUUGCUAAUUCAUUAGCUCAACCCACUUCUAUUAAUCUACUUUUGGGAGAUUAA